AUGGGCUUCGAGCUGGACCGCUUCGACGGCGACGUGGACCCGGACCUGAAGUGCGCGCUGUGCCGCAAGGUGCUGGAGGACCCGCUGACCACGCCGUGCGGCCACGUCUUCUGCGCCGGCUGCGUGCUGCCCUGGGUGGUGCAGGAGGGCAGCUGCCCCGCGCGCUGCCGCGGCCGCCUGUCGGCCAAGGAGCUCAACCACGUGCUGCCGCUCAAGCGCCUCAUCCUCAAGCUGGACAUCAAGUGCGCGCACGCGGCGCGGGGCUGCGGCCGGGUGGUCAAGCUUCAGGAGCUGCCCGAGCACCUGGAGCGCUGCGACUUUGCGCCCGCGCGCUGCCGCCACGCGGGGUGCGCCCAGGUGCUGCCGCGGCGCGACCUGGAGGCGCACAUGCGGGACGCGUGCGACGCGAGGCCCGUGGGCCGCUGCCAGGAGGGCUGCGGGCUGCCGCUGACGCGCGGGGAGCUGCGCGCCGGCGGCCACUGCUGCGCCCGGGCCCUGCGGGCGCACAACGGCGCGCUGCAGGCCCGGCUCGCCGCGCUGCACAAGGCGCUCAAGAAGGAGGCGCUGCGCGCGGGCAAGCGGGAGAAGUCGCUGGUGGCGCAGUUGGCCGCGGCGCAGCUGGAGCUGCAGAUGACCGCCCUGCGCUACCAGAAGAAGUUCACCGAGUACAGCGCGCGCCUGGACUCUCUCAGCCGCUGCGUGGCCGCGCCGGCUGGCGGCAAGGGUGAAGAAACCAAGAGCCUGACCCUGGUCCUGCACCGCGACUCUGGCUCCCUUGGCUUCAACAUCAUCGGGGGCCGGCCGUGCGCGGACAACCAGGACGGAUCGUCCAGCGAAGGCAUCUUCGUGUCCAGGAUAGUGGACACUGGGCCCGCGGCCAAGGACGGAGGCCUGCAGAUCCACGACCGGAUAGUGGAGGUCAACGGCAAAGACUUGUCCCGGGCGACGCACGAACAGGCGGUGGAAGCCUUCCGGACGGCCCGGGAGCCCAUUGUGGUGCAGGUGCUGCGCCGGGCGCCGCGGACCAGAGCCCUCCCGGCGCCCUCAGAGGCCCAGCUGGUGGACACGGGCACCCAGACGGACAUCACCUUCGAGCACAUCGCGGCCCUCUCCAGGCUGGCCCCGCCCGCCCCGCCCGCGCUGGAGCCCUACCUGCUGCCCGCAGAGCCCUCAGCCCACGGGUACUACGACCCCAGCGACUACCUGGGAGGCCCUCAGGACAUGGACAGAGUGGAGCUGGAGCUGGAGGAAGUGGACCUGUACCGGGGGAGCAGCCAGGACAAGCUGGGCCUCACCGUGUGCUACCGCACAGAUGACGAGGACGACAUUGGGAUUUACAUCAGCGAGAUCGACCCGAACAGCAUCGCGGCCAAGGACGGACGCAUCCGAGAAGGAGACCGCAUCAUCCAGAUUAACGGGAUCGAGGUCCGGAACCGUGAAGAGGCCGUGGCUCUUCUAACCAGUGAAGAGAACAAGAACUUUUCCUUGCUCAUUGCAAGGCCCGAGCUCCAGCUGGACGAGGGCUGGAUGGACGAGGACAGAAACGACUUCCUGGACGACCUGCACAUGGACAUGCUUGAGGAGCAGCACCACCAGGCCAUGCAGUUCACCGCCGGCGCGCGCCCGCAGAAGCAGCAUGAAGAAGACGGGGGGACCACGGACACGGCCACCGUCCUGUCCAACCAGCACGAGAAGGACAGCGGUGUGGGCCGCACGGACGAGAGCACGCGCAACGACGAAAGCUCGGAGCAGGAGAACAACGGUGACGAGGCCCCCGUGGCCACCGCCCUGGCCGGGCAGAGGACGCGCACGUGCAGCCAGGACACGCUGGGCAGCGGCGACCUGCCCUUCGGCGGUGAGUCACUGCUCUGGGCGGACUGUGCCGACGCGGCCGAGUGUGAGCGCUUCCGGCAGCUGCUGGAGCUCAGGUGCGCGGAGCGGGGCGCGGACAGCGGGGCCCAGGACAGUGUGGACAGGGAGCUGGAGCUGCUCAACGCCGAGCUGCGCAGCCUGGAGCUGGAGUGUCUGAGCGUCGUGCGCGCGCACCGGGCGCGGCAGCUGCGCGAGGCCUGGACGCUGCACCCCGGGGGCCUCCGCGGCUGCGACGGGGACCCGGACGGCCGCAGGCGCGAGCUCUCGGACAUCACCGAGCUCCCGGAGAAGUCGGACAAGGACAGCUCCAGUGCCUACAACACCGGCGAGAGUUGCCGGAGCACCCCGCUCGCCCUGGACAUGUCCCCCGACAGCUCCCUGAGGAGAGGGGCCGCGGGGGCCUGCGGGCCAUCCCCCGACAGCCCGCUCUGCAUCACCGAGGACGCGGACCUUCGCGGGGCCCCGCAGAGCCCUGAGCGCAGCCCCGGUGAGGGCCCGGGCCCCGCGCCCCCCGCGCACGCGCCCCACAAGCUGGCCCACAUCCCGGCGCACGCGCGGCGCUACCGCAGCUACAUGCAGCUGGUGCAGCAGAAGUCGGCGGUGGAGUACGCGCACAGCCAGGUGAGCCUGCUCGGCGUGUGCAAGGACCCGGGCCCCGGCAGCCCGCCCGAGCCCCGCGCCGAGUGGAAGGUGAAGGUGCGCAGCGACGGCUCGCGCUACAUUACCAAGCGGCCGGUGCGGGACCGCCUGCUGCGGGAGCGCGCGCUGCGCAUCCGCGAGGAGCGCAGCGGGGUCACCACGGACGACGACGCCGCCAGCGACAUGAAGCUGGGCCGCUACUGGAGCCGCGAGGAGCGCAAGCGGCACGUGGCGCGCGCCCGGGAGCAGCGGCGGAGGCGCGCGCUCCUGCUGCAGAGCCGGCUGGACGGCCCCAGGGAGCAGCCCGCGGACGACGACCGGAGGGAGGUGAGCAUCCUGGAGCUGAGCCACAAGAAGAUGAUGAGGAGGAGGAACAAGAAGAUCCUGGAUAACUGGAUGACCAUCCAGGAGCUGCUGACUCACGGCGCCAAGUCCCCGGACGGCACCAGGGUGUACAACUCCUUCCUCUCGGUGACCACGGUGUGAGCAC